AUGGACGCGAAAGCACCCACAACAUUACUUAACAACUACACAUUAGUCCCGUUCAAAGUAGCAAAAGUUUAUGCUCUACCAUCCUUUAAACGCAAGGCACUUUACUGGGUUGGCUUAGAGGAUCCUCAUUUCUUCAAAAAGCAGUUACAUUUAUCACAAAAGAACUUUCAUGGAAAAUGCAGUACAUACUCUGGGAUAGCGUUGGUUGCUAAUCCCAUAUUUAGUAGAAAGAUAGCGGAAGGCGCUCUCAAUGCACAGUCCGUGAGCAUCUUGAACGGAGAAACGCCCGUUGACAUUGCUGUCUUGUGGAUUUGGUGGAUAUUUUUAGCUGGUAUAAUUUGUCUUAAGAUAUGGAUGCAGAAUCAUGAUAUCUGUGAAACGAGUGCAAAAAUAAAUAAUUUAAAUUCAAUUAUCGUUCACAGAAAGUGA